CUCAGCUUGGUCUCUUACUUCCCGGUGAGCAUCCAAAAUUAUACUUACGAAUUAUGUUGGCAAUCCAGUGCUGCAUACGUCAUCAGCAGGUCAAGGUUCAUUUAAAGAAAGAUGGCCGCGUCCAGGGGAACAGUGGUGUUGAAGACGGUUAAGAAAAUGAUUGUACAGUUUUGCCCCUUUGAAUCUAAUGUGCGCUCUACAAGAGAUUUUCUUGUUAUGGUUAAGUCUGAAAAGGCCAGAUCCACAAAUAUGAACUGUGAAAUUAUAACAGGAGUAAAGCAUGACCAGUCAGACCCUAUGAUUGACAUUACAUUCAUGGAUGGAGAGAGGCUGGUGAUGAAAGGAUCCAAACUAACCACUCAAGAAAUGCUCUCAGCGCUGCAGACCUGCUGCAGUGCUAAAGAUACUCAGGCAAAAGCAGGGGACAUGAAAGAUUUUCUUGUUAUGGUUAAGUCUGAAAAGGCCAGAUCCACAAAUAUGAACUGUGAAAUUAUAACAGGAGUAAAGCAUGACCAGUCAGACCCUAUGAUUGACAUUACAUUCAUGUGGUCUUUUGCAGUGGAUGGAGAGAGGCUGGUGAUGAAAGGAUCCAAACUAACCACUCAAGAAAUGCUCUCAGCGCUGCAGACCUGCUGCAGUGCUAAAGAUACUCAGGCAAAAGCAGGGGACAUGAAUCCUCGUGGUGUCGUAGUGACUCGCCUCAAUCUGGGUGGCGGAGGACGAAUCUCAGUUGCCUCCACAUCUGAGACCGUCAGUCCAUGCAUCUUACCACUCCAGGGGUGGUAGUCAGCAUCCCAUGUGUAUGUGUAUAAUAAUUUUUUUUUAUUGCUGCUGCAAAUUCCUUGUAUGUGUAAGCAUACUUGGCAAUAAAGCUCAUUCUGAAUAAUUGCUGAGCUACCCAGGCCCUGCUUUUUUGUUUUCUAUUAAUUUAAUUAUUUUUUUAUUUAUCACACAUUAUACAUUUGCACAUAUACAGUGAAAUAAUUUUUUUCACAUACCCCAGCUAGGGUCAGAGUGCAGGGUCAGCCAUGAUACAGCAGAUAGGGUCAAGGGCCUUGCUCAAGGGCCCAACAUUGGCAUCUUGGCAGUGCUGGGGCUUGAACCCCCCCAACCUUCGGAUCAGUAACCACAGCCUUAACCACUGAGCCACCACUGCCCCUGGUUUAUAUACAGUAUAAAUAAUACAAAAAAGUACAAAAAAAUAAUGUCAUUUAUAAAAUGAAAGAAUUUCGGUUUACAAUGAGCCUAUGCUUUCUUGUGUAUGUGGUAUUUUCCCAGUAAAAAAAUCAACUGGACAAUACUAUUUUGUUCUUUAUGUUCCAGAAUAUCAUCUUCAAAAUAUAUUUUCAGUUAAGAAAGUCCCAUAGUUUGUCAAACACUUCAUUUGGUCACACUUUAUAUUAGGUGUCCUUAACUACUUUGUACCAACAUUAAAUACAUACAAGACUACAUGUUGUUCUGCAAAAUUCCCAUAUUUGCUGCUAUUGAGGUUGAG